CACAGUCGCCUCCGAAAUGCGAGUCUGCCUCUCGGUCCAGCCUCUGCGCGACGUCUCGGUUGCCGCUGUUGGGUUACUGACGACGCCGGUGAGUUUGUUCCGCGCUCGGUUUCAAACGCCAGCGUAGCCGCCGGCUUCGAGGGCGCAGCGUCCGACGUUUUGCCGCUCGUCUCGUGCAAAACCAACGCGAACCAGCCAGCUCCUACAAACGCUGUGGUCGAGCUAGCUAAGCUAAGCUAGGCUAAGCUAACGCACGUUAGCUUGCUCGCUAGCACGAGCGCAGAGAUGACCGCCGCACAUCAUUGUCGGGGCGAUUAAGUCGAUGUGGUACGAUAUCAGCUGACGUUACUCCCCCACUCUCCCUCUCCCCCUCCCCCCCCCCGAAUGCUUUGCAUACGCACCACACCUGCCACUGCGACCAAUGGGAAUAUAUACCAAGACACCUAAGAGGCGUUGGUUUUCUCAGCGAUUUCUUGGAUUUUUUUAUUACUUUUUUUUUGUGCCCCUGCAAAGGUGCGUCGGGUACUGUUGGCUUGUCAUGUAAUUGAAAGAAGACUGGUGAUUUUUUUCUGGGGGUUAUCUUAAGCCGUGACCGCGAGAAAGAAAGACAAGAGAUAAGACCCCCCAAAAAGUCAUUUGGGCCAACAUGGACUUUGAGAGACGGUGUGGACGUGGUGACCGCAUGGGUCGCUACGGCAGUGUUUCCAAUGACCACAACUUUAGGGACAUGGACUACCGGGGUUAUGGCCAAGAGGAUGAUGACAGGCAGUACCUCCACGAUGAGCAUCAAGUGAACGUCCGUGAUGCCUCCCCGGGUCAAGAACGCCUUGGUUUUCACCAGAGAGGGGAGGGGCGAGGAGAAGUUGGGGGCAAGGGCAAAGGGCUCCCAUGCCCACCUCGCUCCCAGCCCCAGACAGAUCUAGCUUUCCCCCGGCACCACAGAGAGGAGGAGGGAUCCAGGAGGGACUUUGAGCAGUUUAGGUGUGGUCCACAAGGAAGGGGUCGGGGGCAAGUUGGGAGAGGCAGCUCUGAGAACAGUGCCCCUCACUUGGGGGGUAGAGAGAUUGACUGGGGUCGUGAAGGCGGCAUUCCCUCUGAACAUUUGGACUACAGCCCAGCAAGACACAGAGAGGAUGAGAGGUUUUCCCGUGGGCCAGGAAAAAGGAGGAGUUUAGCUGGGGGACCAGAGGAGAGGAUCAGUGGGGGUGCGGGCCCGAGCCCAGACCUGUCCCUGGAGGAGUUGGAUCAGAGGGAUCAGGACUACCGAGCAGACUUGGAUCAUAACCAGAGGCCCAGCAAUAUCAUCAUGCUGCGCAUGCUGCCACCCAGCGUUACUGCUAAUGAGAUCCGCGCCCAGCUUCAGGAACAGGGGAUCCAGCCAAGAGAAGUGCGCCUCAUGAGGAACAAGUCUUCAGGUCAGAGCCGAGGAUUCGCCUUCGUCGAGUUUAAUCUCAUACAGGAGGCCAGCCGCUGGAUGGAGACCAACCAGAGAGUGCUGUCGAUUCUGGGACAGAGAGUGUCCAUGCACUACAGCGAUCCCAAGCCACGUGCCAACGAAGACUGGCUCUGCAACAAGUGUGGCGUGCAGAACUUCAAAAGGAGAGAGAAGUGUUUCAAGUGCAGCGUGCCCAAAUCAGAAGCAGAACUGAAGUUGCCCCAACUGCAGAAGGAAUUGCCUGUGGGGCUCAACAAGGAGGUGGUCCAAGGCUUGCUUCCCUUGCCGGCUCCAUACCAUUCCUCUGGUCUUGCUCUCUGUGCAGGGCAGACUACACAGCAGGCUGAUGUGGCCAAUGACACGCUGAUCCUGAGGAACCUUGGCCCCCACACGUCAGUGGAGGCCAUCCUGUCUGCGUUGGCCUCAUACGCCACUCUUUCCACCUCCAACGUUCGCCUUAUCAAGGACAAGCAUACCCACCUCAACAGGGGCUUUGCAUUUCUGCAGCUCUCCACUAUAGUGGAGGCAUCUCAGCUGCUCCAGAUUCUCCAGGCUCUCCAGCCAGCACUCUCUAUUGAUGGGAAGGCCAUCGCCGUGGAGUUCGCCAAGGGAUCUAAACGAGACGUGUUUCUGACUGAUGGCAGUAGAGUGAGUGCUGCUACAGUGGCGAGCACAGCCAUAGCUGCUGCCCAGUGGGCUGUCACACAGACGGCUCAAAAUGACUCAACCGGCGGUCAGGAGUUAGAUGUGGCAGUGUACCAGCAGGGGGCAGCAGUAACAUACAACCUUGAAGGACAAGAGUACUCAGCGCCUGACAGUGAAACCUUCAAAGCCCAGGUGGGGCCUGCAGGUACUACCUUACCCAGUACAGGAGCAGGUCUGAUGGGAGCAUACACAGGGGGAGCAACUCCAGUGGUGAUCUCUUCUGAGGCUGCAACAUCUGGUCUAGGUGGGGUCCAGCAGGCUCUCCCUCAUGCACAGACUCCUCACAUCACCACAGUCGCCACCGCCCAAACCAGUCAGGUCCCUGUCUCUCAGCAGGUGGAGAUCAUUGGGAAACCACAGCCAGCUGCUCCAACCCAGCCAGCCACCCCCGGCACUGAGCACGAGCUCCAGCAGUACCCUGUGCCAGAUGUUUCCACAUACCAGUAUGAUGAAAGUUCAGGCUACUAUUAUGACCCGCUGACAGGACUCUAUUAUGAUCCUAAUUCACAGUACUACUACAACUCCCACACCCAGCAGUAUAUGUACUGGGAUGGGGACAAGCAGACCUACAUACCCGCAGCAGCUCAGUCAAAUGCUGAAGUAACGGCGGACAACGCCACUCUCUCAGAUUCUGUCUCUGUCACCACUGGAGGCAAGGAGAAGAAAGACAAGCCCAAGAGCAAAACUGCUCAGCAGAUAGCGAAGGAUAUGGAGCGGUGGGCGAAGAGUCUGAACAGACAGAAGGAGAACGUGCGCUCCGUCUCUUCCUCCCCAGCGGUCAGCUCCACAGCGGUACCUCCAGGUCACACCAGGGCACCCGGCCAUGACCGCCGAGAGUCUGCUAGUGCGGACGCAGGCUAUGCUGUUCUGGAGAAAAAGGGAGCACUGUCUGAAAGGGCUCAAAUUUUCCUGGACCAGAUAAGACACACUGCUGAGCAUUCUCCCCCUCAGCCGCAAGGUCUGGUUCCAGCCUACAGUGGAGAGACUGACAGUGACGAAGAGGGAGGAGAGAAAGAGGAGAAGGAGGGAAGAUUGACAGAUUGGGUUAAACUGGCCUGCCUCCUGUGUAGGAGGCAAUUUCCCAGCAAAGAGGCUCUCAUCAGACACCAGCAGCUCUCUGAACUACAUAAGCAAAACCUGGAGCAAAGAAGGAUCCAACAAGAAGCCACAAGUAAAGAGCGACUGAGAGCUGCAGACAGACUUGAACCUCCAGAUCCAAAGAGAAGGUGUAGCUCCAUCGAUGGGGUCACUGGCAGUAGUCUUGGAGCCAGGAUGCUGCAGGGGUGUGUGAAAAAAGGGAUAUUGUUGCGCAACAUGCAAGUGGAGUGAACCUUCACCUUGAACACCUCAACUUUCUGGGACAGGACAGGGACAUGGCCCUGCAAACAACACUCCACCAUUAAUGUCUAUAGAUGACUUCUGCUUUUGAUGGAAUUUACCUCAGCCUUGAGGCUAUGAUCAGAUGAACUGAUCCUGUAGCAGCGGGUGUCAGGAAUAUUGCACAGAAUGCACCUUUUUAACUUUCUCCUUGAACAAUGCUGUUUUGAACCCUUGCUUUCUUCAUGGCUUGCGUGCAAUAAGCAAGCUUUAAGUGGACGGGAGAAGCAUCUGUUGGAAAUGAAGGAUCACUGUAGGUCAAAAUAACAGCAGAAAAGAUUUUCUUAUUACAGUCUAUGCAACAUUGAUUGUUUUGAUUUUAUUGCUGUAUACCUUGUCAUUCAGUGAAUGACUAAUCUGGACACUGAACUGUGUGUACAAAUUUUAGAACGAGCACUUUUGUAUGCCUAAAUUCCUUAAUAGAGGGAGCUAAGACACUGCAGCUUCCUAUGGACUAGAUGAGGUCACACUAACACUCGUGUGUGUGUGUGUGUGUGUGUGUGGAUGAAAAGUGUCUCCUUUUCUGUAAUAUAAUCUUAAAGGUGUGAAUGCACAGUGUAAUUACAUAAUUGUCUGGAAAAAUAUUUUUAUUCCCGAAUUAGUUGUAUAAUGUGAUUGUGAGACUUCAAUCUAAUGUAUGACAAUACAUGUACACAGUAACCACAACAUUACUGGACUGAUUUCAGUGAUCCAGUGUGUUGGAUGA